AUGGCCACGACGGGGGCUAGAGCCCGCUUCAAUGGGUUUACAUUAAUUUAUCGCAUGACAAUGUUCUCAUUCGGUUUGGGACGAGGCCAAUUCUCCGCUGUUCUCGCUUUGGUCGCCGUCUUGGCUGUUGCCGUCUCUGCUGCCCCCUCCCGUGAUAUCGAACAAACCUCCGCUGGCAAUGGUAACGAAGGCAGUGUUCACGGUGCCCUCAACAAUGUUAUCAAGGGUGGUGUCCUCGCUGACGAAUCCACCAACGUCAUGACCAACCAAGACGCUUAAAGCCUCUCUUCUGACCAGCUUCCAUCUCAUAUAAGUCAAUUGCGGUGUUCCAUCACCCAGGAGACCCCAUAGUAACAUCCAUUAGAGGCAUGGGG